AUAGAUAGACCAAUAAUAGGUACAUGUGUUUACGGUCCAAAAGUUCGUACCAGGUAAAUGUAAGACAGUGAUACCCUGAUAACAUUUUCUGAUAAUUCAAAAGGGGCGGAUUUUGAAACUGUCCUCAUAUUCUAUUCUGACUUUCGUCAGAGAAGUAAUAUUUUAUUUGUGCUUUAAGAAAACUGUUUAAUAUUGGACUGCGGCGAUAGUGUUUUCCUUCAUGCAAGGAAUUUACCUUUGUUUGGCCAUUCUGGCGCUGCUUCCUGCAGGUGACACUGAAACAAUGGCCUUCUCCUAUGACGAAAGUCUACUCUCUUAAAGACAAUUGAGUUGUUGCUAACAAAAUGGCGAGUUUAGCUGGCGUGUUUAAGGAGAAGGAAAGGACAAACUGGCUAAAGGCAUGGCUAGCAUUAGAUAUUGCAAAGCUGGGUUUUGAGAACUUUGUAACAAGCGAGUCUCAGAAUUUUCACGACCACAUUUACGACCAAGUUAGAUCUACUUGCACCAGCUGUACCACAGAAAAUGUACGGAAAAAAAAUUUCAUAUGUCCUAUGCAGAUUUGCAAUGAAGUUCGUGAGAAAAUUAUGUCGGAACAUCGGUAUAAUAGUGGGUCUUGGAAUAAUACAGAUGCGCAAGAGUGGCAAACAAACCGGGGGUAUUGUGAAAUAGCCAAGUUUUAUAUCCAAACAGAUGGAUAUGCUGCCAAGACAUCAUUUCAAGAAAUAGACUUCAACGGAGUCGUCAGUUAUAUGCUAAACUGCAAGCGCUUUGAAAGCUUGUUGUCUUUUCCAAUAACAACGGGAAAGCCCACAACUCACAUGCCUGCGUGCCUCCUUUAUAAGGCUCGUGAAAUCCAUAAAGCUGUGCGUCACUCUGCUGAUAUGAAACUGUCUGAUAGCGAUCUCCAAGACUACUUCAAAACAUUGAAAGACCUGCUGAGGGAUCCCGGCAAGAUUUUAAGUCCGAGUCUAAGCCAUGAUAGCCAUGCCCAAAAUGCUGUAAAGAAAUUAGAAGAGUUGGAAAAUGACACCUUACUUUUGACUACAGCGGAGAUGAUGUGUCUCCUGGAGGCUGUGGAUUCAACUUUGAAGCAGUACUUGAAAGAUGUUGCCAAAGAUGCUGUUGAUGAAUCAGUGAAUGACCUGAAAGAUGUUGCCAAAGAUGCUGUUGAUGAAUCAGUGAAUGACCUGAAAGAUGUUGCCAAAGAUGCUGUUGAUGAAUCAGUGAAUGACCUCAGAGUAAUAAACGUGUAUCUGUGUAUUCAUGAAAUUGCAGACUUUAUGAAUCCAUGUAAGCAAGAGCUCACCAAUCAUGCAGAUAUGCAUAAACAUGACAUCAUGGAACAAACAGACACAGGCAAACAUGAGAUAAAGGUACAAACAGACGCGGGCAAACAGGAGAUAAAGGAACACAUAGACACAGGCAAACAGGAGGUAAAGGAACACAUAGACACAGGCAAACAUGCGAUAAAGGAACACAUAGACACAGGCAAACAGGAGAUACAGGAACACAUAGACACAGGCAAACAGGAGAUAAAGGAACAAACAGACAUAGGCAAACAGGAGAUAAAGGAACACAUAGAGACAGGCAAACAGGAGAUAAAGAAACAAACAGACUUAAGUAAACAGGAGAUACAGGAAUACAUAGACACAGGCAAACAGGACUUUGAUGAGCACGCAAACAAACGCAUUAAGGACAUUAAUGAACAGUUUGAAAAUACUGGUUUUAAUGAAACUCCCUACAAACAGUCCUGUGAAGGUAAUUGGAACUUGACACAUGUGUUCGCGGACAUUGGGCGAGGUGAUAGUGUACGGUUUUCCGCAUCGGAAUACGAGUUGUCAACUUUUCCAGCAAGUGAAACUGCAUUUGAAACGGUUCGGAUGCUUACUCAAAAGUACAAAUCGGAACUUUUGACUUUAAAAGAAAUUGAAGAAAAUCGAAUACAAAUCUACGAGGUUUCAACUGCAUCAUCAAACACAGGGACUUUGAAAAUGUAUGAAGUAGUUGAGAAAAUCAGUCACAAACCAGCUGUCAUUAUAGGCACAAUAAAGGAGCGAAAGUUAAUUUUGGAUUAUUUUAAAACACUACCAGACGACAAUAAACGCGUAUUUUAUCUUUUAAUUAUUGAUAACAAUGGACCAUCAGAUGAGGUUGAAAUUCCUAAUAAUUUGAAGGUUGCUUAUUCCACCACAGAACUCAAAAUGACAGUUGCAGAUGAUCUACUCGAACGUUUCGCUUACAGAAUAUUAAGAAAUCUAACAGAACAUCUCUUAACCAAAGACCUUGCUAACGACGUUGAUGAUAUUAUCGAGAGCAUACGAUGUGCUUUCAAACGAAGUGAAGUGCCGGUUUCAGAAUGGCCUGAGUUACCACCAGAACCAAACUAUCCAGAAAACAUUGACAAGGCUACUAAGAAAGUGUUAGCUGAGGAUGGCGUCCUUGGAUGUACUACGAGGAACGGUAGGCUCAUUAUUUACAUGGAAGACACUAAUUUGUCUCGCUAUAAGAGAAAACAAACUGUGACACAAAUAUUAGAUGAGCUUGAAAUCAAAGAUUAUCAAAUCCACCAUGGGUCGUAUCAAACUUUGUAUAAAUCUGGUGAUGCUAUUCAAGGUGAAGAGGGUACCCUGGGUGGAUUUGCGAAGAAAAUUCCGAAACCCGACCAUGAAAAUAAGAAUGAUACAACAUGCAAGGGCCCAAGCAUAGUAGCUCUAGUAUCUCGACAUGUUGUUGCCAAUUCCGUAAUUGACAACAAAAUUAGUCUUCAUAUAGGGGACAAAAAAGUGGGUGAAGCGGAGUUCCAUCCAAUUGAAAAUUUGGACAUCGUUCCAGUUGACAUCUUUUCCAAGUAUGUAAAAGAUUGUCAGACCAAAUACUUUCAUUAUAACGGGAAACCAAUGAAUGCCCUUAUACCUGAUGACGACUUCUGGAACACAUCCAUGGACAAUCUCGUAUUUUUGUGGGGUCAGAAUUUCAAUUCAAAAGCUGGUUAUAUUCAGAACCCUAUUUUCUAUUUUGGGAAAAAUCCAACUGUGCCUACUAUUCUGAUUCGAGAACGCAACGUCCAGCCCAGGCAGCCUGUUUCUGAACAUGGUGACAGCGGUUCCGUUGUAUGUGCGUUGAAUAGAAAAAAGGAUAAGUUGUACGCCUUGGCAAUGAUGAUUGGUAAAUUUGAACCUAGGGACACUAGGUGUAAAGAGGGAUACGGUGGUCCUUUAUAUAUUGCAUUGCGGUUGGAGGAGGCAUUCAACAUGCUUGAAGAACAUUACAGCGCUACGUUCAAGCUAUGCAAUGAAAAUGAUUAAAAAUGAACUCACUACAUUAUUAUUUGGUUCAUGUACAUAGGAUUUCCUCGCUAGAUAUUAUUGUUACGGAAUUGACCGUGUAAUAAAUAAAUUAUGCGCAAGUUCAAAAAUGCAGCUUAGUAGUGUUCGUUACAACAAGAAUAACAAACAACGUAAUACGGAAGGUCUUCCAUUUAUAUGAUUAUGAUUGUACGAAUUGUGAUUUACAUGUGCUUGUAAUUAUAAUGCAAUAUGAAAAACAGACAAUAUGAACAAAAGAUAAAAUAAAAAUAAAGACUCAUAAUAAACGCAUGAGCAGAUAUAAAAUAUAAUUAUUAAUAUAAUUGAUUCUUAUGAUUAAAAAUGUGUUGAAAAUGAAAUUUAAAAAUUACUUUUGUCCUGAAAAAUUAUGAAUGCAUACGUUUUAUAGAUUUGUCUUUUGUUUACAUUGUUGUAUUUUGUAUAGAAAACUUUGACCAUUAGCAUGCAAUCAAUCAUGUCUGCACGCUUAACCUUAAAUGUGAAGUAAUUGAUAGUAUGUAUCUAUAUUGUGCUACCGUAUGCUAAAUCAUACAAAUGUCCGCUUAUGGAACGCAGCAACAUACAUUCAUGUAGGAAUUGUAAACAAUAAUGUUAGUUAAAAAUAAUUAUGUAAUUGAUAAACUACUGUUUCAGUUUAAAUGUUUUGAAUAUAUCUUGAAUGUGUUUCUUCACAUCAAUCUAAUGGUAGACUUAAGUCGGUGACCACCCCUAAAUAUUCAUUUGAAGAUUUUUCAUCAAGGUUAUGUUUUCAGUUUUUACCGUUAACUAAUUGCGAAUUCGUUUAUAACGUUAUAUGAUUUUUCUUUUGCAUAUACCUAGGUUACUUAAUUAAUACAGUGUAUGUGUUAUUUUAAAUGAUUAUGAUAUCCUAUAAAUGUCAUAUUAAAUAAUUAAUUGCGUAUACAUUAAUAAAGGAAAACAACAAUUCAAACUAAUUUCAAAUAAUUGGACCCAUGCUUUGGUAUAUAUGUAUCAAUGGAGAUAAGAGGAGAGUCACUGAGGUCCCUAAUUUGACGUGCACUGAAUUUUGUAAACAAUAUGUUUAUAAUGUAUUUAUACAAAUACAUCUUUCGGACAGUAUUCGUUUAUUGGCGAAACGAGGCUAUUAUUUGAUCGUUCAGCAUAUUUAACAUAUACAGAUACAAACAGUUUUAAACAUAAUAUGCAUGUCAAUUAUUCUGCUUUUGUUUGACAAUUUAUAUAAUACAUGGGAUGCGGAUAAAGGUUUCUUUUAAAACGUUCUGUAAAUGGUUUAAACGUUCAAUAAAUUCCAGAUUAGUACAACCCAAGAUAAGGAGAAAAAAGGGGGAGGGCGUAUACUGGAUAGUCCGGUUGGAUUAUUGUCAUAUCACAUAAAAUAUUACAACAGUGAUGACCCUUUUCAAUUAAUGUUUCUGAAACCACAUUUUCCACAGGUCUUUUGUUUGUCAAGAGAUAUGAAGUAGUCCUCUUAGAGAUUUUGAAUUCAAAUAAUGCCCCUAGGGUAAAAUCUAACCACGCCCUAGGGUAAGAUCAAUACAAACGUUUAUUAAUUAGUUUUAAAAUAAAUUUGAGUAUAAUACAAAAUUUGGGUAAAAAAAUUGGUUACCAAAAAAAAGUUGAUACAAACAAAUUUUGGGUACGAACACAAAUUCGUGUACGAUAACAAAUUUGGGUACGAAAAAAAAUUGGGUACGAAAAAAAAUUGGGUAUCAAUAAUAAAUUUGGUACGAACAAAAAUUUUGGUACGAAAUUAAAUUUGAGUACGAAAUAAAAUUGGUUAUGAAAAAACAAAUUGGGAACGAAAAACAAUUGGGUUACGCAAAACAGGGGUACGGAAAAAAAUUGAGUACGGUACAAAUAAUGGGUAAUUCGAACAUGAAAUUCAAGCUUUUCUUGCUGAAGAAUAUUAUAAAGUUAAUUAAUAAAAUUGUCAUUAAUCAGUUGAAUUCAUAUUGGCUUUGUUAUUGAACUUCAGACAGCCGUAUUGUUCUUCGGCCUGCGACCUCAGGCCAAUACGGCUGUCUUUAGCUCAAUAAAAAAUCCAAUAUAAAUUCAACUCAUUUAUAACAUUAUAAUAAAGCUCACUAACUAAACACUAUUUUCUUCUGAAACCGCAAGCUACAGAGAUUUUAUAAUACGUAUACAGCAUCGUAUUUAGGUACCCAUUAAAUACUUUUCAGUUCAUCCCCAUAGGGUCAACACUGAUCAAUCCUCCUGGUAUCGUAAAUAAUAUUGUCUUAUAUUUUAAAAUAUGUUAAUCUGAAACACAAUUCACGUUCUGCCAUAAAACAUCGCAUAGUGGCCUUUUCUAAAGUUGUCUUUAAACAUGCCCGUAUGUUCAAAAAGAUCACGCCUCAUUGUUAACAUAUUUUAUAUCAACUUGCUUCAUAUUUUGGCGUGUCGUAGAGAGGAUAUUGCUUUCAGUUUAACAUGCAAAAUUGUGAUUCUUUUUUUACUCCUCUAUUUUUUGCCAUCACCUGAGCGUCAGCGUCCGGUUAAGUUUUGUGCUUAGGUCCACUUUUCUCAUAAAGUAUCAAAGCUAUUGCAUUAAAACAUGGCACACUAACUUACUUGCAUUGGGGGACUGGGCAGGCAAAGUAAGAUAAAUCUCGCUGGCAUUUUGACUUGAAUUUUGACAUAACUAUAUGCCAUUUUUGCACGACUUUUCAAAGAAAAAUGAGAGCUAUACUACUCGCCCCGGCGUCGGCGUUGGUUAAUUUUUUUAUAAAGUCAAAUAACUUUAACACUAUCGAAGAUAAUUAACUCAAACUUGGAAUAGUUCUUAAUGGUACCAAUACAAUUGUGUACGUAAAGUUGCAUAACUCUGUCAGCAUUGUUUUUAGAGCUAUGCCCCUUUUUAUACUUAGAAAAUUGAAAAUUUGGUUUUGUGUUAAGGUCCAUUUUAUUCCUUAAGUAUCAAAGCUAUUGCUUUCAUACUUGAAACACUAACUAUCAUAAGGGGAGUGUGCAGGCAAAGUUAUGUAACUAUGACUGAUAUUUUGACAGAAUUAUUGCUCCUUUUAUACUAAGAAAAUUGAAAAUUUGGUUAAGUUUUGUGUUUUGGUCCAUUUUACUACUGAAGUAUCAUAGCUAUUGCUUUCAGACUUGGAAAACUCGCUAACUAUCAUAUGCAUGUAAAAUACAAGUUGCAUAACUCUGGUUGGCAUUUUGGCGGAAUUAUGGCCCUUUUUGACUUAGUAACUUUGAAUAUUGUGUUUAAUUUGUGUUAAAAUGCAUUUUACUUCUGAAGUUUCAAGGCUAUUAGUUUCAAACUUCAAACACUGUCUUACUAUCAUGAGGGUACUGUACCUGGCACGUUUAAUUUGAUCUAAACCGUUGAAUGACAUUGAAUCUCAAGGUAAAAUAAGUAAAUUUUGCUUAAAUUGCCUGAACUUCUUCAUUUAGGAUCAGAUUUGAUUCAUACUUUGACAAAACAACACUUACCUGACAUACCACAAUAGACUCCUCCAAAACCAUCCCCCACGCACCACCCCAGAAUCCCCCCUUUUUUAAUUCAAGUUGAUAUGUUUUGUUUUUUUUUUUUGCUUUUUAUGCCCCCGGUAGUUCAACUUUCCGUCAGUCUGUGCGUCCGUCCAAAAACUUAACAUUGGUCAUAACAUGUGCAAUAUUGAAGAUAGCAACCUGAUAUUUGGCAUGCAUGUAAAUCUCAUGAAGUUGCACAUUUUGAGUGGUGAAAGGUCAAGGUCAAGGUCGUUCUUCAAAGUCAAAGGUCAAAUAUUUGGCGUCUGUCCGUCCGUCCGAAAACUUAAACAUUGGUCAUAACUUUUGCAAUAUUGAAACUUGAUUUUUGGCAUGCAUGUGUAUCUCAUUGAGCUGCACAUUUUGAGUGGGGAGAGGUCAAGGUCAGUGUCAUCCUUCAAGGUAAAAGGUAAAAUUUUGCAAUAUUGAAGAUAGCAACUCGGUAUUUGGCAUUCAUGCAUAUCUCAUCGAGCAGCACAUUUGAGUGUUGAAAGGUGAAGGUCUUCAUUCGAGAUCAAAGGUCAAGGGCAAAGGUCAAAAUUUGCAAUAUUGAAGGUAGCAACUCGUUAUCUGGCAUGCAUGCAUAUCUCACAAUCUGCACAUAUUGAGCUGUAAAAGGUUAAGGUCAUCCUUCAAGGUCAAGGUCUAAGGUCAAAUUUUGCAAUAUUGAAGAUAGGAACUCGAUAAUUGGCAUGCAUGCGUAUCUCAUGGAGCAGCACAUUUUGAGUGGUGAAAGGUCAAAGUCAAGGUUAUCCUUUAAGGUCAAGGUCAAAGGUCAAAUUUUGCAAUAUUGAAGAUAGCAACUCGAUAUUUGGUAUGGAUGCGUAUCUCAUGGAGCUACACAUUUUGAGUGAGGAAAGGUCAAGGUCAUCCUUCAAGGUCAGAGAUCAAGAUCAAAGGUCAAAAUUUGCAAUAUUGAAGAUAGCAACUCCAUUUUUGGCAUGCAUGCGUAUCUCAUGGAGCUGCACUUUUUGAGUGGUGUAAUUUCAAGGUCAUCCUUCAAGGUCAAAGGUCAAAUAUAUGGCUUCAAUGCGGCGCAGUAGGGGUCAUUGUGUUUCACGAACACAGCUCUUGUGUUUUCUUAUUUUUGAAAUAUCAUCUAAUAAAUUACACAGCCUUACUUUAUUUCUCCUCCCCAUUCCCCCACCCCCCACACAAAGAUUUUUGUUUUUUUAAACAUGCUUAAAACAAAUACACAUUUUUAUUAUUUUAUUUUUGAAAAACCAUCCAACCAUCCUACCCAAGCUAUUGCUAUCAAGCUUGAAAUAUAAUCUUAUUAGUUUGUUUAAUCACUUUACAAAUGUUCAUAGAUUGUGCAAAAUAUACCUGAACUUAGAAUCGUGUAUAAUUUCCCUCUUCUUUAAAAAAAAUAGCGAUCAUUAUGUUUUAAGUAUGGUCCUCUUCCAGUUAGAGUAAAACUAUAUUACCUUGACCUUCUUGAAUAUGAACAAUUUCCCCAUGAUAGCUAUUGUAAUUUUUGUUAUAUUGUCAAGCACUCGAAUAGUCGAGCGCGCUGUCUCCUGACAGCUCUUGUUAUACUUAGAAAAUAAAAAAAAAUGUUAAGUUUUGUGUUUAGGUCCACUUUAUUUCUAAAGUAUCAAAGUUAUUUCAUACUUGCAACACUUACUAACCAUCAUAAGAGGACUGUGCAACAAAGUUAUGUAACUCAGACUGAAAUUUUGACAUAAUUAUGGCCCUUUUUAUACUAAAACGUGAAAAUUUGGUUAAGUUUUGUGUUAAGGUCCACUUUAUUCAUAAAGUAUCAAAGCUCUUUCUUUCAUACCUGCAACACUUACUAUCAUAAGGGGACUGUGCAGGCAAAGUUAUGUAACUCGAACGGGCAUUUUGACAUAUUUAUGACCCCUUUUAUACUUAGAAAAUUGAAAAUGUUUUUAAGUUUUGUGUUUUGCUUUUCUCCUAAAGUAUCAUAACAUUUUAUAUUAAUUUUAUUGAUAUGCAAUAGUAGUGAUCAGGAGUUUCAUUGUUUUUGCAUAUCUUGUUAAAUACUGUCUAAAUUGUUUUUCUUCAUAGUUAAAAGUUUGCCAAUGUUUACUGUAACGUGUGUAAAUAAUGCGUCGAUGUGUAUAAUCAUGUAUAUAUUUGCAAAGAGCACACACUUUAGUGUCUGUAUAGUUAAUUGCUGGAUAUAUCGCUUGAUGUUUCAUUUUUAUUCAAGUUGAUAUGGUUUAUACAUCAUGCUAUGUUAAGAUGUGCUGUAUUGCGUCAUUCAAUCAAACUACGUAAAUGUACUUGUUAGUGGUUAUUGUGUUGUUGCUUUAUGCGUUGUCUGCAUCUCAUGACAUGUUAAGCUUUCCAUGACAAUACAUGUGUCCAUAUUUUAAUGCAGUUACAUGUUUUUUCGUCCUUUGUGAUCGCUGUCUCUAGACAUAUGUUAUUGAAAUAAUAUGCAUUGAUAAAGCCCUCUCCCCCAUAAAAGAAUACAAUAAGUGUGAUCAAUACAAACACAAUUUUGAAAGCACCAAAACUUUUUGCUAUUCCCAGAUACUAAGUAGAAUAACACCAAAAAUAACAUCGUUGUGUUUAGAUGUUGUGGGAAUUAAGAAAGUGAGGCUUGAUCGUAUGCACAAAACCAAUAAGUCACAAUAGAAGUCCUACUUGUGCACACAAUUUUAAGUGUGGUGCUUGAGACUACAUUUCAAAUUACUUUAAUUAUUUGAAUUCUUCCUGUAAUGUCAUUUGAAAAUUUAUAUUGCAUUAUUUUCAAUAUACAAUAAAAUACCCAUCAAUCAUUAUAAGCAGAUGAUUAAGGGUGUUUCAAAAACAUGUUCAAUAUUGGUGGCAGAUGCAUGUGUGUGUUAUUAUAUGUGUGAACACUGUAAAUGAAUAUCUUUUUAUGUAAAACGUUGUUUUUAAUUUUCGAUAUUUACUUUUGCCUGUAUAGACAUAUGUUAACCUUUUAAAGCCUUACUUUUGGAUGUCAUGACGUUGUUUAAUGACAUGCCUAUUUUAGAAUUUAACAACUUUGAAAAUUGUUGUACAUAAAUUCUUAUAAGAUACGUAGUCUGUUAGCGAAAAUUGAAAUAUUUGCGAAGAAUGACACUAAUAAAACAAUGAAUGAAGUAUUUACCAAGAUUUCACAUAAUUUUCCUCUGUGUUAAAAAGUUGUAUGUAUCAUUAGCUUUCUUAAUGUUGUAGUGUAUAUUAGUUUCCUACAUACUUGUGAAGGUAACAAGUUACUAUUAUAGGUAGUUUUUUUAUUAAUGAAGUAAAUUUGUAACGAUACAUUAUUAACCGAUUUUGAAAAUAACAAAACACUUGCAACCAAGUAUAUCAGGUUGUAAGGUGUACACAGUGCAUAAAUAACACCCUUUUUAGAAACAGGUCAGCAGAUCUUUCUUACAAUUCUUCAUAGAGAUCAUUACAAAAAUUGCAAGGUAUAGUGUUCAUUUGUGGUUUGAUUUAUGCACACCAGUAGCUGAACAUCGACAUUUAUUGGUGUUAAUACACAAACAUUGAUGAUUAAUUAUACAGUUGCUGUUAGUCCAAACGCAAUGAAGUCAUCAAAUGAAUCAGCAAUACAUGUUUAGCGAUCAUGGAUGUAUGCAAAGUUAAUGUAGUUGUUGACGAAUAAACAGCACCCAAAUUAAAAAAAGUCUGUCAAAUGCUCGCUGAACUACUACGCAUGUUUGACAUUUUAAUUUUAAGAUUCAAUACAUUAUUGAUCAAAUUUAUUAUUUAAUCAACAUUACCAAAACAUACUUUUUUGUAUAUUCAAAUCUAAUUGUAUAACAAUUAUAUCUUUCUGUUAAAAUAUAGCGUCAUAUUGUAUUUGUAUUUAAAAUUUGUACGAUGAUAUUAUUUAUGUACAUUCAUUGAUCGAUUUUACCUGCUUAUGUUCAUGUCAAACUCUUGUCUUUUGAGAUACAAUUUAAGUAUGUAUACAAUAAAUAAUCCUUGUACGGGUUUUAAGUUGGUUCUGACAACUAUUGUGUAAUCAACAACAAGGAGACAACAUGAUUACAAAGUUAAUACAAUUGGAUUGUAUAUGAUAAUGAAAGCCGUAUUGUUUAGGAGUAGCCAAUGCUUUCAUGCAGUAGAUAGUUUAAUGCGUGUAUAAUUAUAUGGACACUUGUGUGAUAGUUGAAUUUAUAAGCAAUAUAAAUACAUGCUUUAGAUACAUUAGUUGAUAUGGUGUGCGGGUAGUAACACACACAGGCACCCAAUGUUUUUAUAUUUAUAGUAUUAGAAAUGAUACAAAAUUACACACGUAUGUGCUUUAAAAAUGGAUGAUACGACUUACUUUAAGAAACGAAGCGAUAAAACAAAUAUAAAGAUUCAUAUUACAAUACCAUAAACACAAUUUGUUUAUUUAAUUAAAUUGGUCAAUAUGUUUAUUGUUUAUAAUGUAAUUAUUUAAUGUGUAUGACUUUAAAUCAUAAUCGCAACUAAGCAGAUACAUAGUUGUUUAUAGUUACAAAAAUUAUAUUGCAUACUAUACAAUGUCUGUUAACUAAAUUUUAAUAAUGUCAAUUGGUUAUUGUUAAUUUGUUUGCUUAUAAAAACUAUAAGCAAACAAAAUAACCAUAACCUAUUGACAUACUGAAAGUAACCAGAAUACAUAUGUAUUUGCAUUUUAUAAUUAAACUGAGUUAUCUGAUUUAUUUGUUAGAUUAAUAUAAGUAUAUAAAUAUCUACUACAGAAAAUAACGCACACAAUUAAACUGCGUCACGGCGUAGUAAUAUGUAUAUGGCUUUAUUAAUUUUAUGCCCCCGGAUCGAAUGAUCGGAGGUAUAUUGUUUUUGGCCUGUCUGUCUGUCAUUCUGUCUGUCUGUCAUUCUGUCCCAAAACGUUAACCUUGGUCAUAAUGUUUGCAUUACUAAGAUAGCAACUUGAUAUUUAGCAUGCGUGUGUAUCUCAUAGAGCUGCUCAUUUUGAUUGCUGAAAGGUCAAGGUUAUCAUUCAAGGUCAAAGGUCAAUUAUAUGGCGUCAAAGCGGCGCAGUAGGGGGCAUUGUGUUUCACAAACACAGCUCUAGUUUAUUUAUAUUUUAAUUGUUAUGCAUUAUAAAAUUAUGAAAUCCUGAUUUCAUAGCUUAUGUAUACAUUUUGAUUGAUUGAUGUUAUAUCAUGUUCAUUUCUCAUGUUUUCAUUAACGCAAUCACAUAUGUGGACGUAUUAAAUGGGCUGGAAUUAAAAUGUAUUGAAUUUACGUCAAAUCGAAACAUGCAAAAACCGUUCAUGUCGUUCAAGAAUACAUCGUAAGAAGGGAUGGUUAAAUCUAGUGUCCGUAUUGUAAUAGCUACACCAAAACAUUAACGGAUAGAGUAGAUUCGACUGACUUUGUAAAAUACACUCAGUAGUUUUUCAAACAGGUUGCGAAUAGAAAUGACAAAAUAACUGUUAACACUGUUUAAAGCCUUUUAACUUAUGAGUUUGACAUUGAUGGCACACAUGUCCCGCAUAGAGUAUGUGUAUUGAGAAUUGACCUUUGCUUUUCGUCAAACAAAGUGCACGCUGAACAGUAAGUGUAUAUGAAAAAACACACUAUAAAACCAUCUGUCUGUAUAAGAAUCAUAAGAAUCAUAUCAUAACACUUUACUUUACAUUACGUCCCGUGUGAUUGCAAUAAGCUAUGUACUCAUAUGAAGUAUUGUAUUAUUCAUAUUAUUAUAAGAAGCAGUAGAAGUAUUAUAUAGUUUCGAUUUUGUAUUCUAUCUUUAAGUUUAUUUUGGAAAAUAUUUCUUUCAAUGUGUUAACCAGAAACACAUUGUGCAAGUAUGUUUUAUAAAAAAAUUGCACAAAAAUCAAGUUUAAUAUGUAAUAAUAUAUUUAACGCGUACGUAAACAAGUAUGGACUUUGGUUUUGCUGUAGCUACACUAUGAAUUAUUAAGCAAUAUAAACGAUCAUCAUUUAUGAAAAAGAAAAACAAUAUAAACGCUCAUCAUGUGUAUUAAGGUAUUUUGUAUUUGAACAAUGUUUUGAGUCUUUAGGUAUAGAUAAUUACAGGCCUUUAAUAGAGCAUAUGUAUACAAGGAAGUAAACUGCGACGUUAGUAUUGUGAAUAUCGAAUCACGUGUGCGUAAUUGUGCACCCAAAGUAAAAACAUUUGAAUGCUUGAACAAUCAGAAGUUAUGUCUGCUUAUAUUCCAGAUUAAUUUUGGGUAUUAAAUGUUGGAUGUUAUUGGUUUAAUUAAAUCCAAUGAAUACAGAAUCAAUAUCUAAAGACCCAGAACACAUAACUGUCUUGUUUAAGUGUGUUUUAGUUUGAGUCAUGUUUGCAUGUUUUUGUUUAUAAGGGACAUGUUCACAGAUUGCCAAGAAGACAUGAAUCGAAUGUUCCCCUUAAAUUUCAAAUUUUAUAAGAAAGUAUAUAAAUUGGAGUAAAAUGAUACAACUGCAAACAUGUUUCGUUAAAAAAAUAGUUUGAAUUUGGAAAUUGAUACACUUACAAAAAAUACACGAUACAAUGGACAUUACUUAAUGUUCUGCUGUUUUAAUUGAAGUUUGGGAAAGCAUUUUAAUCACUUACAAACGUAAGACAUGUUUAGACAAUAAACGUAUUCAUUUUAAUACGUCGACAUAGCCAGAUGGUAACCGACGGGGACCUGUGAUUGGAAAAAAUGAAAGCCCAGAAAAAACAUUAUUGAACUCCAACUCCCUCCUAAUGCUUUUCUUGUAUUUGACAUUUCUUGGUUUGGAAUGUACUUCUAAUUGUCAGGUUAAGGAUAUGAAUGGUGAGCACGCAAUCAAAUCUGUAAGCAUGUCCCGUAAAUAAGUUGUACACGUACUAUGAGAUGUUUUUGAAAUGGUGUUUUGCGGGCUUUAGAAAAAAUAAAACAGCUUUUAGUUAUUUAUUUUUCAGAAGGUUAAUACAUAACAUUCCAUUUGUAAGAAACGGAUUUAACGAUUAUAUCAAGAUAACAUAAAUAUAUUGUACAAACAUUCAUAACCUGCACUCGAAACUUCUGCUUUCGUGUGGAAAAAUAUAGAAGCGUUAAAAUUGAUAUGAGCGAUAUAUACGUCAAGUACCUGUUAGCGUUUUUGCGACAGUUGUCAUAAAACGUGUUCAAUAAUAAAUUCGCAUAUUUUAAUCAAGGUUUUCAAUUCUAGAUUUAGCUGUUUGUAAAUACAUGUGUUAUGUUUUUGGACAAAGCACCAUUAGAGGAAUAUGAUCGUUCGAUAGUUUUAAUUAUCUCACUCUGAAUUCUAGAGAGCCGUAUAUAUUUCUCUUAAAAUCGCUCAAGACGUAAACGAACACGCAUAAGGUUAGAAGGCAAGCAGUAACGAGUCAGAGUUGUUGUAAUCAAAGCCCCAAGACGCCAUGACAUUUAUUGAAUAUUUGCAUGUAUAUGCGGUGUAUAAUAACUUCAACACACUAGCAAUAAAUGUAUUUAAAAAAAAGAAA